AUGCCUGCAAUAGGAAAUUGGAGUUUGGGAAAUGUAUGUUUCUUUAUGGUUCAGCAGAAGUUCAGAAUCAGAGUAUCGGUGAACAAGGCGGCUUGGUCACUGCAGUCCUACUCCAGCACAGUAGUCAUCAGCACAACCGAAAGGUUCAUCAAUACCCUUCAGGCUCAGUGGGCUGAGCACCCCAUCUCCUCAUGUGAUAAUGACAAAGACCAUCAUGCACCUCGGGGUGCUCAGCUGGAAAAUGAUGAGCCUGAACUUACUCCCAAAAUCAAGGAGACGGUGGCCUCCAGUUCCACAGGUCUGGAAACUCUGUCUCUGGAAGGAUCACGGAAAUGGUCAAGUAAUGACCACAAGUCUCUUUUCCGGGCUUUCGACACGAAUGAUCUUUCCAAGUGCAAUCUCUUAGCGCCAAGCAAUUCUCUGACGCCGCUGGGUGUCACAAUUCAGCGCCACUCUGCCACUGUCUACCUGGAGGCAGCAGCAGAUCCCACAGUGCGGCCUACGGGACAGAAGGAAUGCUUGGUAAACACAUGUCGAGUAACUGGACAAGAUGAGAUCAUCUUCCUUGACUUUCCACACACCAAGGUAAGGACCGUGUCUCUGUUUCCGUAGCUCGCUCUCCUUCUUCUGAGUGUGAUGACAGCAUCUUCCUUAGAAACAGAACCUAAGGAGGACCUCCAACAGACCUGCCCUGUCACCACCUGUGGCUGUCCAGGCCUCAACGGCUUCCCCGGCAAAGAUGGGCACGAUGGCGCCAAGGGGGAAAAGGGCGAGCCAGGCCAAGGACUCAGAGGUAUGCAGGGCCCUCCUGGAAAGGUGGGGCCUCAAGGAAAUCCAGGGCCCCCUGGGUUACAAGGAGCAGUGGGCCAAAAAGGAGACCCUGGAACGUGUCCAGAUUGUGAUGAUGGCCAGGCUAUUUCAGAAAUAGCAGCUCUGCGAUCGGAAUUGAACCAUAUCAAAAACGUGCUGGCCUUCAGUAUAGGCAAACGAGUUGGAACGAAACUCUUCUUGACCAAUAGUGAAAAUAUGACCUUUGAACAAGUGAAGGCUCUGUGCUCCCGGUUCGAGGUCACCGUGGCCACCCCCAGGAAUGCUGAAGAGAACGAGGCCCUCCUGAGUCUAACCAAAGGAAACGCCUACCUGGGCAUCACAGAUGAAAAGGAAGAAGGUCAUUUUGUGGAUCAGAAAGGAAUGAAUGUGACCUACCAAAAUUGGAAUGAUAAUGAGCCCAACAACGCUAAUUCUGGGGAGCACUAUGCGAUGAUCCUGGAUAAUGGCAAAUGGAAUGAUAUCAACGCAGAAGCCAAGCUUUUGGCAGCUUGUGAGUUCCCUUUCUGA